GUCUCAAACUACCCGCAUAGUUUAGUAGCGCGCCUACCUUUAGUCCCGUACAUAUUAUUAUGAUAUCUUAGGUAAUACCUAAGGUAACUUCGAGUCGAGGUAGAUGCCUACCUAUAACGUUAAAUCGUCCCAUUUGACUCGUUCCUUCUUUCCUAUACUUGUCUAUUUUCUUUCUAGAUUUAUUCUAGAUACAAUCGAAUAACCAUCUUAGGUACUCGACCAAGAUUUUAGUUAGAGGGUUUAACACUUUCUUUCUACCACUGUCUUUACUUACGACUUAGUCUAUUUACUCUUCACUAUCUAAAGUAUUUAGAAGCCAAUUCUUGACUUAGGUCAAUUGCUUCACGGGUUGCCGUGCUUAUUCCUAAUCCGCAAGGCUGUUAAGCAGUCUUUUCGUCUAUCAUAUGAUCAACUCUUCGAGAACCCUAUCCAUUUUAAUAUCUUGCCUUCCGACGUACAAUGGUAGGGUUAGUUGGACGCCUUCGGAAGCCUAAGCUACCAAAUGCUCUGGGAUCUCUACACGAGGAUGAUACUACACCAACAGAGACACCCAUAACACCACAACGUUUCAACCCACCUGUCUUGCGUAAUUUCUCCUAUCCGAUCAACGUCGGAAGUCUGAGGCAGCCGCCAGCAUUUCCAUCGCUACCGAUAGCUCAGCAGACAGCCUGGGAUCAGCUGGGUGAACUUUAUAAUUUCUCUCCCGAAAGUGUUUCUAGAGCACGUGAGGCGAAAACACUUGGGCUCGAUGAUCCUUUUUCCUUCAGGUCCGAGACGGAGUCUUACUCUCAAUUAGAUGACGAGGAUAGUGACGGAAACCAAGAAUUCGGCAUUGGCGUAUCGUCUGAGCAACUUGACCGAGAGUCACUAUCACGGGAAGAUCCCAUGCCAAGAAAGAAGCUGCGCCGAAGCACUUUACUAAAUCUGUCUUCAUCUCAAGCCCAAGAUUCUUCACGCCUUUAGAAGAGUGCUGAGAAAGGUGGGCUGAAAGAUAAGACUUUAAAGUCGACCAAGGGCCAGUCAUUAGGAGAUCGUAUCUUUCCUCA